UUGUUUCAGUUUACUCGUCGAGGAGAGCCUAGAUUGCUUUCCGAGCCAUUUUUAUGGAAACUUACUACACACCCGUUAAAGACUCCGACGGCGAGGACGCGACGAAAGGCUUUAUCUCCGAAUAAUCGUGCUCCUGAAUGUAACACCAGUUUUUCUUCACCUUAUGCGGUUGUAGAGUUGGGAAUGAAUGAAGAGGAGUUGAGGGCGCAUAUACUAGAACAGGAUAGCACAAUCAGAGAAUUACGGUGUACUAUUAAGAAAAUGGAAGAAGACAUGAGUUCCAAAAUGAACGAGAGUAUUCUUAUAGAGACGAGUAACCGAAUCAACUCUCAUGAAUCGCGGAUGUUUCAGAAAGAUAUUGCCAUAUACGAACACGAGGUGAAAGAUAUGAAAGAAAAUCUCCGGGUUGCUAGGCUUGAUUUGUCUGCUGAAGUUAACAAGCGAAUACAAGCCGAAGAUGACCUUCGAAGACGAGCUAUUGAAUUGGAAGAAUUUGAACACAAAUUGAAAUCAGCCAACGACACUGCCAGUAGGCUCCAGGAGAAGUUGGUGGAAAAAGAUCAGAAAAUCACUCAACUCGGAUCAGAAGUGAGCGCUGCAAAGUUUGAAAUCUCUGUGUUGGAGACUAGACUCGCUAAGAGCCGGCAAGAUUGUGAGGAUGCUCAAUCUCGUAACAGAACACUCUCUAUGGAAAUAGCUUCUUUGAAAAUUGCGUUGGCGGAAUGUAAGGAAGAACUGCGUCGAGGGUUAGAAGCUGUACAGGACCAAAAAGAAAACAUGACCAAGAGAGAAAUCGAGCUACGUCGGAGCUUGGAAUCGAACCUCGUCUCUCACAAUUUAACAACCUCUCAUAAUCUUCUUAAUGCUUUCCAAUCAUUAUCGUCUCAAAUUGAGACGAUCCAAAAGACAAAUAUACCAGUUGAGCAAGUAGCUGACAUCCAACACAAGAUCGGUGAACUCACAGCUACUAAUAAGUUCCUUGAAGGCAAGGUUAUGGAAUAUGAGGAGAAGGAGAGCACACUAGCAAAGCAACUGGCCGAGGCCCAAGGUAACGCUGAAGCGGCUAAAGCGGAACUCGUGGAAUUACAGAAAAAGCUUGUCGAAAUAGAGGGUAGCUCAUCACUAACCCAUAAAUACUUGCUCGAGGAGUCUAACAAGAUCAAACAACAAAAGGCAGCGCUUAGGUGCGAGUUAAUAGGACUUCGCAGAGAUUACAACAAGCAGAAGGAAAAACUUGAAUUGCUGGAAUCGAAGAAAAUGGAUGAGAAAGAGGUAGAGAAUCUGCGAGCAGAGUUGGAUUCGUCUCGACGACGUGAGGAGAAUCUCAAAGGCGAAGUGACUCGGCUGAAGAGCGAGCUCCAGUCUGAGCAGCAAAAGGCAAAAGAACUUGGAGACGCUCUAAGCUCAGCCCAGCAACAACAAGGAGAUGUAUCUGUUGAGCAGAGUAUCAAUCGUGAAUUACGUGAAGAAUUGAAGAAGUCUGAGGCAAAGAUGAUUGAGCUCUCUCAAAUGGUGGAAAUUGUGGACGCGCAGUGCGAGCAGUUUAGG